CUCUAAUCUCUGAAUUAACUAACAAACAAUCAAAGGCAGAUUUUGAACGCCGUGUCGCUUCUCACACAGCACUCCUGCGCAGGCGCUGUUCUCUGCUGAAUCCCUUCGAUCGUUUUCUCAAGCUGUUUAUUUCACCAUUUUCACUGCUGCGAUCGAUGUGAAAGCGAUUGGAUUCCGACCAAGUUUGUACGCUGCGCAAUUUUUUAAUUGUUAUUGAAAAUUUGGAAAUUAUUGUUCUGUGGCAUACAUUCGAUGCACUGUAGCUGCUAAGAAAGAGUCAAAGUUGUUGAUAGUUGUUUGAUGGUGUAUUGAUAAUCCAUUUGUGGAAGGUGCGUGGAUUCUGCUGGAUUUAGGGAGGAUUUUGAUUUUGAUUUUGAUUAUUAUUUUUAUUUUAUUCUGCGGUGGGUGAGAAAAUGAAUGCGGUCGGGAGGCAGAGAUCCGGCGCGUCGGGUGCGCAUCAUCAGCGGCAGUAUUCGGAUAAUUUUCUGGAUAGUUCAUCGAACGGGCGAUGGUUGCAAUCAGCUGGUUUGCAGCACCUGCAAUCGUCGAGCAAUGCGGCGCCUCCUGUUCAGGAUUUUGGGUACUACGAUGGGGGCGGUCAGGGUUGGAAAGUGAAUAGAAGUGUACAGGCGCCGAGAACUUUUAAUGGAGGCAGCGAUUUGUUUGCGGAGCCGCUAUCGCCGCCGCGGAAUGUUGGGAAGAGAAAUGGGGAAGACCAUAUUUCGCCGAAUGAGUCUAGCCCCGGACUGUUGGAUCUGCAUUCUUUUGAUACAGAGCUACUAUCCGAGAUGCCAGUUCCUGGUCUUUAUGAUGGCCCUGCACUGAAUCGUUUACCGCGGGGGAGAAGCUUUGAUGACUCCGAUGCAUACUUUGGAAACAAUAAACAAACUGGAAAAAUUCGCGGUUUGGCUGAGAGCAAUGUUAUGAAAAGCCUUGCAGUUGACAAUGCCAAGGCCAGUAAUGUGGCAAAGAUCAAAGUAGUGGUGAGAAAAAGACCACUAAACAAGAAAGAACUAACCAAGAACGAGGAAGAUAUCAUAGAAACUGGCUCAAGUUCUGUCACUGUUCAUGAGACAAAACUUAAGGUUGACCUGACAGAAUAUGUGGAGAGACAUGAGUUUGUAUUUGAUGCAGUGCUGAAUGAAGAAGUUUCUAAUGAUGAGGUGUAUCAUGAAACUGUGGAGCCUAUUGUUCCAAUAAUUUUUCAACGUACAAAAGCUACUUGCUUUGCUUAUGGACAAACAGGAAGUGGCAAAACCUAUACAAUGAAGCCCCUGCCAUUGAGAGCAGCCAGAGAUAUCCUGAGGCUUAUGCACCAUACUUACAGAAACCAAGGAUUUCAAUUAUUUGUCAGCUUCUUCGAGAUAUACGGAGGAAAACUUUUCGAUCUCCUCAGCGAAAGGAAAAAACUCUGCAUGAGAGAAGAUGGAAAACAGCAAGUUUGCAUUGUUGGAUUGCAAGAAUACCGAGUAUCUGAUGUUGAAAUGAUCAUGGAACUCAUUGAGAGAGGAAAUGCGAGUAGAAGUACGGGCACCACAGGAGCGAAUGAGGAAUCUUCUCGUUCGCACGCCAUUCUUCAGCUUGCUGUCAAGCGAUCAGCUGAUGGCAACGAAUCCAAACCUGCCCGGCUCGUUGGGAAGCUUUCCUUCAUAGAUCUUGCUGGAAGCGAACGCGGUGCAGAUACUACUGAUAACGAUAAGCAGACGAGAUUGGAAGGAGCUGAGAUCAACAAAAGUUUACUGGCUUUGAAGGAGUGUAUUCGAGCACUCGACAAUGAUCAAACUCACAUUCCAUUCCGAGGCAGUAAACUGACUGAAGUUCUGAGAGAUUCAUUUGUCGGGAACUCUCGCACUGUUAUGAUUUCUUGUAUAUCACCGAACGCUGGAUCCUGCGAACAUACAUUGAAUACAUUAAGAUAUGCCGAUAGGGUGAAGAGCCUUUCGAAGGGUAACAACUCCAAGAAGGAUGCUUUAUCUUCGACGAUGAAUUUGAAGGAGUCGAUUGCUAGACCACCAUUGUCGGCAGUCCCACCUCAAGCAUCCGCGUUUGAAGAUGAUACGGGAGACUCAUGGCCGGAUCAGACUGAUAUGGACGAAUUCGACGAUGAUUUCUACGAGCAAGAAAAGCCAUCAUGGAAGAACAACGCCAAAGUCGAUCCAUACGCCUUCUUGAAUCAAGACGACAAGGCCAAGCGAGCCAGCGUACAAGCCAAAUGGAAGGAACCUCCGAAACCAGAAAUGAAAUAUUCGAAUUCGGACAAAGAUUUGGAUGCUUUAUUGAAGGAAGAAGAAGAUCUUGUCAGCGCCCACAGAAAACAAGUCGAGGAAACAAUGGACAUUGUUCGAGAGGAGAUGAAUCUACUCGUUGAAGCCGAUCAGCCAGGCAAUCAGCUCGACGACUACAUCUCCAGACUCAACUCUCUCCUGUCGCAGAAAGCUGCCGGCAUCCUCCAGCUGCAAAACCGCCUGGCGCAUUUCCAGAAACGCUUGAAGGAACACAACGUGCUCGUCUCCUCCGGCUACUAAUCAAAGCACAAGAUAAGAACGAUGGCUGCGUUACUUAUAAUAGUUUUCCAUACAACAGUUUCACAGGGUGUGCGAAUUAUCGAGACGUUUGUAUAAAACCUUCUUCCCCAGCUUGAAAUCGCUACACAGCUUGACAAUGUCUUUCUCGACACAAUGCAUUUCUUAUAUCGAAACUUUUUUAAGUA